AUGAAGAACGUAUUCCGUACUAUUGCUAUUGUUGUGAAGAGCGAGAGUAUCAAUCUUUCCAUCUUUCCCCUUCUAUACCUGCUGGUCUUUUAUAUUCCCUUGGUGUCAUCGAUGAAUGAUGCUCCAAUCUGGAUAUCGAAAGGUGUGAGUUCCUAUUCCAAUCAAGAUCUCGCUGGUCGUCGACUUGCUAUCAGCCCCACAUUAUUCAGAACAACCAAUGUUGAAGGCAAAAAACAAAAGACAAGCGACAUACUAAAAGAGCUUCGAUACAAGCAUGCGAUUUUAAUGCCAAGAAAACAGACCAAAAAAACAUCCUACAGCAAGAAAGAGAAUGGCGGGCCCAUUCGUGAUUGGUUUCCAGAUGUAUCUUGGCCAAUAUCGGAACCUCUUGCCCACCCAUCACCAAGCAUGACACCAUCCUCCACUACAGACGUUUUGGACACGUCCUCUCCAACCUUCGAAGAUGUUGUCAAUACCAUCGUGCCAACAGAAAUCACGCGUUUUCCCUCUGCUACGCCCACGACGUUCAUGCCAACUGUCAUCACAGAUGUUCCUACGGGAUAUCAACCUCUAUCGUCAUCUCGACCCACAGCAACACCCAGCCUUACGCCUGUACCUACAACUGAAAGUGUUCCAACCAUGCCACCAUCGAAGGCAGCAUUGCCUACUGGAUCACCGUUGUCGCCCAGUCCUUCCGAAUCCACAAGUGGUCUGCCCACGGCCCAGACUUCUUCAGUUCCAUCAGACACCCCAUCACUGACCCCAAGCAGCAUUCCCAUGGCUCCAAUCAACACCGUCACUGACCGGCCCAGUAUUACUGAUGGUGCCGAUCAAAUUAGCGACGCUCCAGUUGUUGCAACCGGCACCGAAAGCCCAACGAAUCAUCCUGCAAGUGACAGUACUAAUCCAGCAGCAUUGCCUACUGGACCACCCUUGUCACCCAGUCCCUCAGAGUCCCCGAGUAUUUGGUCCACAGUCAUUCCAUCAGAAUCGCCGAGCAAUCAGUCUACGGCCAGUCCAUCCGAAUCUUCAAGGAAUCAGCCUACAAACGAGACUUCUGAAUCCCCAAGUAAUCAGCCCAUCGUGAAGCCUUCUGAAUCGCCAAGUGACAAGCCCACAGUCAGUCCAUCUGAAUCUCCAAGUAAUCAGCCCACACUCGAUCCAUCUGAAUCGCCAAGUGACAAGCCCACAGUCAAGACUUCUGAAUCGCCAACCAAUCAGCCCACAGUCAAUCCAUCUGAAUCGCCCAGUAACCAGCCCACAGUCAAUCCAUCUGAAUUGCCAAGCAACCAUCCCACAGUCAAGACUUCCGAAUCCCCAAGCAUUCAGCCCACAGUCAGUCCAUCCGAAUCCCCAAGUAUUCAACCCACAGUCAGUCCAUCUGAAUCUCCAAGUAUCCAGCCCACAAUCGGUCCAACUGAAUCUCCAAGUAUCCAGCCCACAACCAAGCCUUCCACAGUUGCAUCUGACGUUCCGUCACUGCCGCCAAGCACCACAACUUCUAUGCCUCCAACGAAAGCAGCUAGCCAUUAUCCAACUAGCAACGCUCCAACUGUUGCCAUUGGAACUGAAAGCCCAUCGUCCAUGGAAAACACGAAUCCACCUGAUGACUCGGUGGCAAAUAAGCGGUCGUUGAAUGGUUUUGAGCUAUCAUUAAAACCCAAACAGGAUCGUUCCACGAGGGGCAAUGCAAUCGAUACAGACGAUUUGGAACCUACCAUUGCAGCUGCUAUGGGCUCCUUUUUCUUUUCUGAGUUUCAUUCCACAUGGAACAACCUUCAGAGCAUACAAUUAUCAGUCCAAGCUCGAUCGGAUGGUACCUUUGGCAAGAAUACCACCACCUCCAAUGAUACCCGAAAGUCUAGGAGAUUGAGCCAUGAUUCCCAUUUGACUGAUGAUCGGAGACUACUGGGCAGUUGGAUCUUUGUCGUUUCGAUUGGAAUCGCAAGUUUUGACGCUACCACCACUACCAUUCCUACCUCAAUUGAAAUCGACCUGUCACAAAAGAAUGCCUUGGACCAAACGCUUGCCAUUGAUUCGCUCUUUGAGGAAUGGAAUAUUCCAUGGACCAUUUAUAAUGUCACCAUGAUUGGGCAGUUCGCAUCAUCAUCAUCUCCACCUCCUUCUCAAAUGGACGAAAACUCAUCCGGAACCAAUGCACAAGUGACCGUCUUGGUUCCCACUGCCUUUUGUGUCUUGAUCAUUUCCAUGAUAUUCCUAUGGGCACAAUCGCACUACCGCAAGCGUCGUCGCGGUGGCUUUCCACGAUUUGCAACGAGUACUAGCGUCAUGACAAAGAACAGCACGUCCGAAGCAAGUCAUGAUGAGCCAGAAAUCACUGGCAGCCAAGAAGGCCCCACCACUAUAUUUCAAUCCCCGACUACUACCACGACCCCCGAGGCUGAUGAAGACGAUGACGACGAAGAUGAUGAUGAUGAAGAAAUUGAAAUUCACUUUCGCUAUAGCAAAGAUCACGAAGAGCAACGAGAAAUGGUGCUAUUUGAAGAUUUGGACGAGUUUGUAUGGGAAAUAUCUUCUUCUUCCUCCAAUCCCACUGACGAAACCACCAACAGUCAUGAUAGCGAUCGCAGUGACAGCGAGAACAACCUACCAAACCGAGAACUCAGCAUCAUUGAGGAGCAGUCCGAAUCAUCCGAGCACUUUGAGGAAGCCCUUCAAUACAGCCAUGAACAGUAUGGUAAUGACGACGAGGACGAGGUCGACGCCGACGCCAAGUCUACUCAACACAAGCCUAUGGGCAGUACUUCGACACGCAAAAAGACAUCUACCAUCGCCAGUAUAACCAUCCCGGGCUUCAAACCCUCACCAAACACUGCCAUGACUCGUGUCGACGAGGUCAAGAGGACCGAGUCCACGACAGCCACCACCAAUACGACCACCCCGCCAACCAAGUCUUCGCUCAAACCCGCACCAAGCAAGAAGGCUAAUAGUAGCUCAGCAAACCAGCAGUAUCAGAAUCACUUUUUGACGUGGGACAGUUUGGUGGAAGCCUCCUAUUUGGCCCAUGCUUCCCCCGAGAAGGACAGCAUUUAUGAAUCCUAG